UAUCAUCACAUAAGAAAGCACAAGCACAAGCACAAGCAUAGAUAUCUUAUAUUUAUACUAUUUCAAUUCUUAAUAUCAACUAAUAGCUAUCUGUUCCACAACCUUCAAAAUGAAGUAUGCCACCGCCGCUCUUUGCCUCAUUUCAGCUACCCUCUCGCUCGCCGCCCCAACCGGCACCAAUACUGUUAGUGCACGAGAGGAGCACGCCUGGGCCGGCUUCGCCGUACCUAGCAUCAUCAAGAACCACGACAUCACCAGCAACCUAAACACCCAGGAUGUGCAAAUUUCUACGGUACGCAACGGCAACACCGAGACAAGUACCCUAUAUGAUAUCCCAAUCCCGGAGUCCGCUGCGGGUAAGACCUGCACCCUAGUCAUCCACGCCGGCCGCAUCAGCAACGGCGAUAGCGUGCUUGGCGAAAAGGCUCUUGACCUCUUCCGUAACUCUUUUACGGACCUGGCUAACCUACCGUCGGGCAACCUGCGUGACACCCAGCUAGCGCGCGUGCGCUUCGACGAUGCCACCGGCUUCUACAACUUCGACAAGGUCGGCUUUUCUAACCCGGCGGUCGAGAGUUUCCCCUGCCCCGCUGGUAAGACCCUCCACUGGGAGACGGUUGCUGUCGGCCAGUUCGACAUCAAUGUCAUCAAACAGGACUUCGUGGUCGAUGGCACUAACGCGCCUAACGGCCUAAGCGUUGGCUGGUUCUGAACUAAUCGGAUGAUGCUUCAGUUACUGAUACUGCAUUGGCUGUUCCAGAAGCUCGGGUUUAUAGUUUGAGAAAACUUUCCACAUUCUCUCCCUUUUUUUAGGUUUUCUGCAUUGGAGCGGGCACGUUUGGUUUUGAGGGUCAUUCCUGUCGGGCAUGGAUAGGGGCUAGGCUGGCACGGCUUGGUUUAGGGACACUCCUUAAUUAUUACUUAAUGAUAUAAUAAUCCAGCUUGGUAUCAUGAUAAAA